AUGAAGAGACAUCUCAACGACCUCGUCUUAGUGUUUCUCGUUUUUAUCUUCCCCGUGGAAUUGGUAAAGGGACAGAAUACGACAAUCCAAGUGAUUAAUGUUGGGGUUGUGACUGAUGUUGGGACAACUUCCUCCAACUUGAGCUUGCUCGCCAUUAACAUGUCUCUCUCAGACUUUUACUCUACUCGUCCAGAAUCUCGGACUAGGCUUCUUCUUAACUUUGCCGACUCGAGGGACGAUGUUGUUGGCGCUGCAGCAGCUGCUCUUGAUCUUAUAAAGAACAAGGAAGUGAAAGCAAUUCUGGGGCCAAGAACUACAAUGCAAGCUUCUUUUGUGAUCGAGGUUGGCCAAAAAUCUCAGGUGCCGAUUAUAUCGUUUUCUGCAACGAGCCCUUUCCUUGAAUCUGGCCGUAGUCCAUACUUCUUUCGCUCUACUUACGACGACUCAUCUCAAGUGCAAGCCAUAAGCGAGAUCAUAAAGGUGUUUGGUUGGAGAGAGGUUGUGCCUGUAUAUGAGGACAAUGCGUUUGGAGAAGGUAUAAUGCCUGGUCUUACCGAUGCAUUACAAGCGAUAAACAUCCGUAUACCAUACAGGACGGUGAUAUCUCCCAAUGCAACGGAUGAUGAAAUCUCUGCGGACCUUCUCAAACUGAUGACCAAACCAACCAGGGUGUUUGUGGUUCAUAUGAAUCGGUUCCUCGCUUCAAGAUUUUUUGUAAAAGCCAAGGAAACUGGUCUCAUGAAACAAGGGUAUGCAUGGAUCCUCACUAAUGGGGUUAUAGAUCAUCUAGUUUUGAUGAACCAAACCGAUAUUGAAGCAAUGCAAGGGGUAAUAGGCAUAAGGACUCACUUUCCGAUAUCUGAAGAGCUUAAAACGUUUAGAUCAAGGUUGGCAAAGGCACUUCCGGUUUCAGAGUUGAACAUCUACGGAUUGAGAGCUUAUGAUGCAACCACCGCAUUGGCAAUGGCUGUUGAAGAUGCAGGAACAACUAACUUGACUUUCAGCAAAAUGGAUGGAAGAAACAUAUCUGACCUGGAAGCACUUAGUGUCUCAGAAUAUGGUCCAAAGCUUAUACGCUCGCUCUCCCGGAUUCAGUUCAAAGGACUUGCUGGUGACUACCAUUUCACUGAUGGAGAACUACAUGUAUCAGUGUUUGAGAUUGUCAAUGUAAUCGACGGUGGAGGAAUGGUGGUAGGAUUCUGGACGCAGGAUCAAGGACUGGUAAAAGAUUUGAAUCCCAGUUCGGGAACUACACGUAGUUUCUCCAGUUGGAAGAAUCAUCUUAACCCGAUCGUCUGGCCUGGGAUUACCUUAGCUGUUCCAAGGGGAUGGGAGAUCCCAACAAACGGAAAAAAGCUGCAAAUUGGUGUUCCCGUUGGUACUUUCCCUCAGUUUGUGAAAGUUACAAAAGAUCCUACAACCCAUGAAACCACAGUAACAGGGUUUUGCAUUGACUUCUUUGAGGCUGUAAUUCAAGCGAUGCCGUAUGAUGUCUCCCACAGAUUCAUUCCUUUUGGAGAUGAUGAUGGAAAAACUAACGGUAACUUCAACGACUUGUUGUACCAAGUGUAUCUCGGGGUAUAUGAUGCUGUGGUGGGUGAUACGACGAUAUUGGCAAAUAGAUCUUCCUAUGUUGAUUUCACUUUGCCAUACACAACAUCGGGCGUGGGGAUGGUCGUCCCUUUAAAAGACGAGGUAGAAAGAAGCAGUUUGAUCUUCUUUAAGCCUUUGACACGGGGGCUUUGGGGGAUGACCCUUGGUUCCUUUUUUGUUGUUGGUUUUGUUGUGUGGUUUCUUGAACGAAGGGUGAACACAGACUUCACUGGACCUGUCCAGUCUGUCCAGUACCAGAUCAGCACUAUGUUCUGGUUUGCCUUCUCUAUCAUGGUUUUUGCACCUAGAGAAAGAGUAAUGAGUUCUACAGCAAGGGUUGUGGUUAUCACCUGGUACUUCAUUGUUCUUGUGCUGACUCAGAGUUACACCGCCAGUUUGUCAUCGCUUCUCACAUCACAACAGCUGAAUCCAACUGAAACGAGCAUCAAGAACUUGCUUGCAAAAGGAGGACCUGUGGGAUAUCAGAGGGAUUCAUUCGUCUUAGGAAAGCUGAGAGAAUCGGGUUUCCCUGAGUCUAGACUCGUGCCAUUUACCUCUCCAGAGAAAUGUGAAGAACUUCUAAACAAUGGACCAUCAAAGGGUGGUGUUUCAGCAGCCUUCAUGGAAGUGCCUUACGUGAGAGUUUUUCUUGGACAGUAUUGUAAGAAAUAUAAAAUGGUGGAGGUACCGUUUGAUGUUGACGGGUUUGGCUUUGUCUUCCCAAUCGGAUCACCUCUAGUAGCCGAUGUAUCAAGGGCCAUUUUGAAAGUGGCAGAGUCUAACAAAGCAACUCAACUUGAAAAUGCCUGGUUCAAGAACAUAGACAAAACUUGUCCUGAUCCAAUGACCAAUCCUGACCCAAACCCAACAGUCUCCUUCCGCCAGCUCAGCCUCGAUAGUUUCUGGAUUUUAUUUGUUGCUGCAGCCAUUGUCUGCAUCAGUGCCUUGUUGAUAUCUGUGAUCUGUUUCUUGUAUCAGAAUCGGGUUAUUUUGAAUAAUAGAGCAAUACCCCGUCGAGAACGAAUGAAUAGUAUGUGGGAAAGGUUCAAGGAAAGGCAGGAGAACCCUGCUCCCAGAAACUAA